AUGCGUAGCGAUGGGAUUAAAAGAGGAUUUCGUCCGUUUCGUACGUUUCCUGACAAUUUGGCCUCCAGCGGCAUGAGUACAAUGCGGUCUUCGGGCUCUGGUCUUCUCAAUCGUCGUGCAAACAAUCCUCUUUUAUUUUAUAUCGCACAAUUUUUCGAAAGCCUACUGCCAAAUGUCCUAUCUAAAAUCAAAAAUAUUUUUUUGGACCUAAUCUUUUGUUCAUUCAUGUCCAAAGAUAGCCAGUAUUCGUAUGUUCACAUGAAACAGCCGCAUCAUAUCAUCUUUCAGGAGAAGUGGGACGUUGACAGGCUGCCGUUCGAUGACAUCGAAAUCAACUCUACGGCCUACCACGGACAGGAUAAUAUUCUCCAGGAGUUUUUGGCGUCGGCAGAAGACCAAGACAGCGAUCUAAACAUAAUCAACGGCGCAAACCCAAUGUUCAACUCGUCUUAUGCAAAUAGGAUGCGCCAGAAACACAAGAAACUAAACUGGAAAGACCUCGGUCUUGCAGAGCUGCUGUCUGAUAAGAAUCAUGUUCACGACCAGACAAUUCUUACGAGGCCCCAGUUUGGAAGCUCUGAGUCACAAACAGCCUCCGAGUCGCCUCGCGAGAGAACAGAAGAGCAAGUUAUGCAUGAGACAGAUAUAGCGGGAGUUGAAGAACACGACGCAGAGGAGUUCGCUACGCCUAUCAUCCCUAAUCGUACAAUUCAUCAAAAUCUAUAUUCUAGACAGCGCAAGUUCCGCAAGCCUUCCACAGAGUACCAAACGCCCCAAUCGCACGCGCGCAUCAUUAGAUAA